AGCACCUCUCGGAGUCUGUCCACGCUGGAGUCCAAGCUCGAGACUCUGGAGUGCCACUUCACCUGGGACCUGGAUGUCAGCAGGUCCAGGCUGCUCUGUCUCCGGGACGAGCUGGAGGACAUCGGCUCGGAGGAGGGUUACAGCUGGCUGGGUCACAUCUACAACCUGCAGGGCUUCCUCCACUGCCAGCUGGGCUUGGUCCAAGAGGCCUGGCGGUUCCUCUGCCGGGCCGCGGAGGCGCUCCGUCAGCUGAGGAACACCGUCUCAGACGAGGGCCCGUGGCUGGUGGUGAACUAUGGAAACCUGUCUUGGCUGCACCACCUCCUGGGGGAACAAGCGCAGAGUCAGGACUACUUGUCAAAGAUCGAGACUCUGAUGAGCGAAUACCCGUCUCCAUCCCUGGACGAGCCCCACCCAGAAGUCUGCGCCGAAAAAGCCUGGACUCUGAUGAAGUUCGGUGGAAAUAAGAAGCUCCUGGCUGCAGAUCUUUUCCAGAAGGCCAUCAGGAUGCAGCCGGACAUGGUGGAAUGGCAAACCAGCCGAGUGCUAGCGUUAGCAAACGCCGUCCUGCAGCACAGAGGAAACGUGGACGCCGACGUCGUGGAAAAAAUGAAAAUCGCCAAAGAACACGACCCGGAGAACCUGUACCUCGCUGCCGUCUACCUGGAAGCUCAAGCUCAGAAAGGAGCGAAGAUCCAGGAUGAAGCUCAGGAGCUGGCGAGGAGAGUUUUAAGGAAGCCGAUGAGCAGCUACAGCGGCUUCAAACCUCUGCUGCGGCUCUACAGGAGCCACGUUUCCAUGGACGAAGCAAUCCAUCUGGCAGAGGAGGCCUUGGAGAGGCACCGAGACGCUCGCUACAUGAAGAGAUGCGCCGCCAUCUGCUACAAGAGGAGAGUCUUCUCCCUGAGCAACAAGCACCUGGAAGGCAGCCUGAUGGAGCGAGCCAUCAGCCUCCACAAGGAGGUCAUCGCUCUUUACCCCUGCUCGUCACUCAGGGUGCAGAUAUCUCUGGCCAACAUUUACGCUAAAUCAAACCGGCGAGCUGCCGCCGGGGAACUCUUUCAAGAACUCCUGAGGAGCGAUCUGGAUCCCGAAGGAGAGCAGAUGGCUUGCAGUUAUUACGCCAAGUUCUUACAGUACGGUAAAAAAGAGCGGCUGGAGGCGGUGACGUAUUACAUGAGGGCCGCGGAGAUCCAACAUCCGUCGUUUUACCGGGAGGACAGCGUCAAGAGGCUGCAGAAGAUCGGAGAAGAGAACCGCCAGCCGACGAGCCGAGAAGUGCAGGAGUUUCUGAAACAUCUGAGCAUCUAAAGACCAGACCUUCACUGGGACCAUCAGAUUUAAAGACCAGACCUUCACUGGGACCGUCAGAUUUAAAGACCAGACCUUCACUGGGACCGUCAGAUUUAAAGACCAGACCUUUACUGGG